AUGGUACCACCACUGGAAUCGACAGAUGUUAGGAACAAUUACGAGGACCUGUCUGGCGCGGAGAUCCGGCCGGACGACAAUCCGUACGAAUCGCUGAUCGCUGCCAGCAAUGAUGAUCCGCCCCUGCAGACGCAGAUGCAGGCCCGCUAUGCCGUCCACCGGACCACGCGCAACGCCCAGCAGCGCGCCAAGUUCCUGGCGUCCGACUUCCAAGAGGUCCUUGUCGAUCCCUUUCUGCUGCGCAUCGAGAACCCCAGCAUCGAGCCGGCCUUUGAGGACCCCAGACACUGCGUCGUCUUUUGGGCCCGGCCGCCCGAGCACAUCCUCCGUCUGGCCGACCGGGUUCAGCAAAUGCUGAAAAAGGCAGCACCAAACCUCUGGCUUAUGCCUCUCUACCGCAUGCACAUGACUGCCCUGGAGAUCUGUCACUCGCGCACGCCCGCCGAGGUCGACGUUGUCCGCCGCACCAUGGCCUCGGCGAGAACGGCAGAGUCCGACGAGAACGGCAUCGCUGCCCUCGUCAACUACCCCUACCGCCACCGUGCUCGUCUCGUCCGACCCAUGAUCUCAUACGACCUGGCCGCCAUCGCCCUGUCGUUUGUCCCCGCCGCCGGCGAGCCCUCUGCGUCACCACCGCCUGUGGCUCCGGGCGUGACCCCGCUGUCGGGAGUUGGAUCCUCCUCUUCGUCUUCGUCCUCUCCAGAUGCCUACACCUACCACCACCUCCGUCGAGACCUGUUUACCCGCGCCCGCGACUCCGGCGUCGAUGUCGCCUCCCGCUACGUCGUCCCCAGUGCCCACAUCACCCUCGCCCGCUUCCUCUGCCAGGACGACCACGCCACGCUGGCCGCGCGCCACGCCUGGAUCGACGCCCUGGACGCCAUCAACGUCUGGCUGGAGCGCGUCGUGUGGCCGGCCACCUGGCAGCCUACUGCCUCCACACACCCGCCGUCGCCACCACCUCCGCCGCAAGACCGUCUGGUCGGAGAGUGGAUCGUCGGCCAAGAAAAGGGCCUGGAUGCUCGCGUCGGCCCACUCUGGUACGGCCAAGGCCGGACCGUCAUGCUAGGAGAAGGUUUUUGA